AUGAAGAAAGACGGAUUCAACAUGUCGGAUAGCGAUGACAAACCGUUUGAAUGUACGGCGCCAGGAUGCGGGCAGGUAAGCAUCUUCUUCUCGCUUCUAGUUCCUGUGAAGGGUUUCUUCCUGGGGGAGUUGGAGGCGACUGGUUUAAUUUUAAAGCGAUGUCGUCACCUGUAGUAGAUUUUAAGCCUUACGUAAGCUUUCAUUUAGCCAGCCAGCUAACUUUUCACCUCGCGUCCACAGAGAUUCGCUAACAACGAUCAUUUAGAACGACACAAACAGAAACAUCAGCUUACACUGAAAUUCGGCGCGCUCAAGGGAACAGAUCUUUCUGUUGCAGGUAAUGUUUGAAUUUUCUUAAUAAUUCUGUGGCGUUCUUGCGAAAUCUCACGUUUUGGUCGCAUCGACUACGUGAGACUUCGCAUUGAUGCAUGUAAAUGAAUUUGCGAGGCCUCUGUUUUAUUGUUCUCCGUUAUAAUAGAGCGUUCAUUUUCCUCUGAAAAUCUUGGUAACUUAUUUUAAAAACCGCAUUGUUAAAUCGAUAGGAGAUACAUUUGUAAUUAUCAGUUGACUAAAUUUGGCACCCUAUAUUUUCAUUUUGUAAUAUCUUGAACCGUGUAAACAAUGCAUGCUUCAUUCGUUUUACUUUGUAUUUUACAAAUGGAUUAAGUGACUUACUACAGUAUUUUUUAUUAUACAUUCUAAUACAGUGUAAGUGUACAUAGAGAACAUGUUUCUAAAGCCACUUGAGAAUAUUGUCCUCACCUUAAGUAACAUUUAUUUUUGUAAACUUAGUCGCACUUCAUGGAGUUAUUUAAGCGUAAAUCUGUAUUUUUGUGACUACUUUUAUCAAGAUUACACAAAUGCAUACAUAACAUUUAUCAGAGAACCUUGUCAACACCAUUUCCCCUCAAAUCAGGAAAAACGGGAAAAGCUGUGUCAAAGUCAUGACCAAUAGGAAAAAAGUUUUCAAGUGUCUAUGAGCUGUUUAUUUUGUGUAGGGGAGAUAGGGAAAGUUCCUGAUGAGUAUCUUUUACAUGUGGGGGGUGGAGGGUAGUUACAUGCCAAGCAGCUGUGUGUAAAUGAUUUUGCUGUUUGUAUUGUUCCUGUACAAAAUAUUUGUGUACUGAAUUUCUUCCUAAAGCUUUUACAUGUAAGUUUAAAGAAAGAAACCAAGCUCCUUAUAAGCUUACAGUAACUAACUUGAAAAACCAGGCUGGUAAGAUACUCUCUAUAUGUACAACAGUAUUAGAUCUCAGGGUGGUUUCAAUCAGGAUUGAAAGGAAACUUUUAAUAUAAGUGGGCUGUAAAGUGGAAUAUAGCCCACUAAUCUGUGAUUAUAAUGAUGGAAAAAUAAUUAUUAACCUGUCUGAGUGGGUAGAAAGUAUUUUGUAUCCCAAAAAUAUUGUGCAACCUGAUUAUUUAUCAUCUGCUUGAUAACAUAUUGCUGUUAUGAUCUCAGAGUAAGGUAGGUCUACCUGGAAUAUGGUGACCAAAUUUCUUGGUCUUUAUCAGUGGCUAAUGAAUAUCAGAAUUGAUUUGUGAAACCCCAUUUUGAACAGUGACUUGAACUCUGUACAGAACAGCAACCACUUCUGAAAGCCACCUUGUUCUUUUGAUUUUGAAGUUCUUAUAAGUGACCAAUCAGAUAGUAUUUGAAGAAAGGCAUCUACUUCUUGACCAAAUUAAGGGGAAUACAGGGUAUAUAAGCACUAAUGCAUGAUUCAUUGGCUGAUACAUAUGCCAACUGAAUCAAGCAAAAGGUAAUAGGGAAACUUCAUAAGUAGGUGGAGCAUGAUCGUCCAGGUAAUUGUAGUCCUCAAUAGGACUGUGGUUGACAGUAACUGAUGUUUCAACAACCUGUUUGGUAGUCAUCUUCAGAGUCAAAGUGAGUUGUAUCAUGUCAGUUGAUGGUAUUUAACUCUGGUUAUUGACCUUAUUGGUCAAUUAAGUUGUGACGUUAUUGGUCAUCACACAGGUUGUCGAAACAUCAGUCACUGUCAACAACGUCCUUAUUGAGGACUACGUUGACCCGAGUGAUCAUGCUCACCCACUUAUGAAAUGACUCAUGGCUUUAAACCUUUUACAGUAAUAGAGAAAUUUUGUAGCAUUUUUAAAAUAUCAUUGGAAAUUGGCGACAACUUAUUAAGCCAAGGUUUUCUGGUAAAAGCUCUCAGUAGUGAUGUCCUUGAUAGGUAUAUGAUGUGGUCCCUUAUCAGAGCCAAUUCUCCUUAACAACUGGCUCUAGUUGCCAGCCUUUGUCAGCAGUACUCUGUACAUUUAAGUAAUAAUUUAUUGACUUGUUUCUUUUUUUUUUCCAGAUCAAACACCCACACCAACACGAUUCUUAAGGAACUGUGAGGAGGAAGGCUUGUUUGUAGAUUUAGACAAUCCUUUUGAUCAGGUGUGUCUUCUCUCCUUUUAGCCAUUUACCCGAGCCCACCACUAAGUCAAACUUCUACAUGUACAGAAUUUGCACAUGCACAGUUUUUACACAGUAUGAUAUUAUAUGUAAUAUUAUCAAUGAUAAUGUCUCUUAACGUGAUUUUGCAGUGUGACUGCUGUUGCUGCAGCCACUAACAGCACAGGAAAAGACCAAACCACUAUCAACCAGUAUUACAUGUAUCAAAAAGAAUUGUUAGUUUAAACUGCUUUGGCUUGAAUUUGUUGUGUGCUAUCUGCAGUCUACUUGGAUAAGAUAAUGCUAUUAAUGUGAAAACUGUUCCAUUUAAUUGACAUGUAAUUGUACUUUAUUUUAUUUAAGGAUUUCAAGAGAGCCACUGUACCUGAACAUGUAAUAGAGAAGGUAUUACCAAAAACAAUAUUAUUCCUUUCAUUCCUAAUGAUGAUCACACAAAGAGAAAGAACAGAAAAAAAAAAUUAUAUAUAUUUUUAGUUUUCUUUGGUAAAAUCCUAAAAAAAACAGAUGGUACCAUGCUAACAAUCUACCAGAGAGGUUUAAUUUGAAUGGUAACAUUAUUCACCAUUUUUCCAUUGACCACAAUGUACCUUGUUUACCCCCACCUCCCAAAUUUUGGUUAUGCAUAUAUAUCUUUUUGGUUGGGUGGGGGAGAACAAGGUGCAUUAUAGUUUGUGUGAAAAUAGUGAAUAGAAUUUUUCCACAGAUUUUAGAAUAGGAGUGAGAAAUAAUAUCUUCAUACAGUGGAAACUCUCCCCAUGGACACUCUCGUAAGCGGACGGCUCUACUUACGGCCACCUUCACAAAACCCUGUUUUUCUCAACCCCCAUACAAAGUCUAUAUUUUUAUGGACACCUUUUUCACAUCUUAAGGGUGUUCACUCACAGAGCUUCCAUUGUAACAUAAUAAGCAGUGAAAGAGUUAUUACUUAAAAUAAUAACUACAAUGUACUGACAUCUUAGUUCACAAUCGAGUAUUGCAGAGAAGAGGAACACCCACAGAGUAAAUAGAAAGUUCAAAGACUCUUGGACCAGAAAAGAAAAAUUUUGAGGGAAAAAUAAUAAAAUCAUUCAUUUACUGUACUUUCAAACAGGAAACUUUCACCACCGUGAAAAACAAACUCAGGAUCUUUAGAUUACUGGUAGAUUUAGCCUCCUACACAGUCCUCCACAACAAACAUUGUUUUAUUGGGGUAGGGAAUUUUGUGACAAACAAAAAGAAAUUCUGCAUAGAAAGUAAACGAAAACUGACACUGCAACACGUGUCAGUGCAAUAAAUUUGCAUUCCAAGUUGUGAUGUCAAUAACUCAAUCUCCUGAUGACGUGAUAACUUGAUAACUCCCAAUAACUUUUCGAGUCAACUUUAGGAGUGAAGAAUUUGUUAACAACUAAGUCAAAGUAGGAGUCGCAUUGAGUUACCGUUAACUGAUUUUUAUUAAAUUGUUUUCCAUUGUAAUUCACAGCCUCCAAACCCUUCAAGUGCUCACACAACAACUGAACUACCUUCAACUCAGAGCUCACCCCCAAACAGUGCAACUCCAUUACAAAGUGUUAUAGUCAUCGACGAAUCUCAAUCUAAGACUCUACUACCACCUCCUGCACCUCCUUCUCCCCAGAUUGUAACUACAGAAACCAAAAAAGCUCCAGCCAUCUCAGCUCCAGUAUCUGUUCUUGUGAGAGUACCCCCGCACAUCCCGUUAGCAAUCCCUGCCUCCAUUGCGGCACCUGACGCUCAGGUGCCAUCAGCGCUUCCAGUGCCUACUCACAUCCCUAGUCGUGUGAUUUCAUCAUCCAGCAGCUCAAUGCCAAUCCCGUCCAUACCCACUCCUGCCAUUGUGGUCAGCCCGAGUGCCAGUAGUCCUCCUUCAUUCAUGGGAAGUGCUAAACAGGUUUGUUUUCACAAGGAGAAUAAAUGAAUCAAUCAACAACUUUAUUUAUUGUACAUUGUACUCAUGAGCUGCCGUCUCAUUGGCUAGGAGCCUACAGCUACCGAAGUUUUGGAAAUCAGCACAACCUACUGAUUAGUUAGUUGUCUUCUACCAGAUAAUUGACUAAUCUGUGGGUUGCACUCGUGCUGCAUGAUUUCUAAUAGCAAUAUCAAUACAGGUUCCUUGCUACGGUGUGUAUGUUGUUAUUUUCUUCAAAACAAUGUAUUAAAAAACAAUUUUUUCAGAGUGAGUUUUAGUGAUAUCCUAAAUAAACAAGGUCUCGGUAAGUGUUAUCAGCCUCGGCUGAUUUACCCUGAUCAAAUAUUACCAAUACUAUUAACUUUAUGCAACUUUACAGUGUAUAGACAAAAUAAAGUGGCAAAAUUUUCCAUUGUCAGCACUCUUUUAGACUCAUGGUCAUUGUCAUAAAAUGCAUUGAACUCAAACAGAACCACAUGGUUUUGGCGGGUUUCUUUGCUAAGUUGAGAAUAUUAAUAGAUUAUUUUGAUAGCACCAUUUCUACAGUGUGUGUGUUAGUUUACAUAGAAUGUAUAUAAUUUAUUAUACAGGACAGUAGAAAAUGUUGGACAAUGUUUUGAUUUGUUUUGUUUUGUUUUUUUAUUUUACAAUAGCAUUGAGUUUUUGAAUGCCUUAUUUCAGCAUUUUUUUUUGGAAAAUCAUGGGCAUGUCAAUACAUGAAGUCUCUUGUCAUAAAGAUUUAGAUGCCAAAUGGUCUAAUUUCCUCUUAUUGAUUUUUUCAGCGUCUCAAAGAGCAACUCAAACUCCACCAACAGCAGCAAGCUGCCAAUUCCAGCAAUAUAAUUCAUCGCGCCAUGACAGAAGCUGUUGACAUGGUAACAUCACAGCAUAAUGGUAUACCAAGUCCAGGAAGCCACAUGAACCAUUCACACCACCCAACUACUAUAGUCGCUAAUAGCAACAUGAGUGUACAAGACAGCAAGAGGGGGACAGGGGCCUCGUAAGUACACUGCCUUUCAUUUCCAUGCAAGUUCACUUCUGUAGGACUAUAAGCUAUGUUCAAACUGAGCCACCAUGAAAAGCAAACCCAAUGGGGCUUAUGCUACACACAUGAACAGUGAUUUUGGCAUGAAUUCUGUGACGAAGCAAAGCUGUACCGCACUCAUCUCAAAAGUGGCUUGUCACAUAUUGGAUAGGUUUUUGUGCCAUACUUUGAUGCUGUGUGAACAUCUAUUCUGACGGUCGUGGAAGUAGAGACUGGAACCUACUCAGAAGAAGUAAAUGUUCAUAAGUGUGGACUGGAAUUUAGUACACCAAACCCUGUUGGCCAACCAGGCCAGCACGAUGUUCGAUGUGUAUGAAGGACUUGUGCGGCCUUUGGCCAUUGUUGUUUAUACUGUACCGAAUAGCUUUUCUUGUUGGCAUGAAAACCUAUCCAGUAUAGUGAUUAUGUAACCUAUGAUUGAAUAUAGUCCUACACUUUCCUUUGUGUCCAUCAAGUUUAUUUUGGUACAAUAUACAACCUGGACAUCUACAUGUGUAAGUCCAACUUUUAGGUGCAUAUAUUGAGACAGUGUCUUCAAACUGUCUUACCCUCACCCCCUAAGAGCAAGGCUUUGCUCCAAUAAAAGUGAAAGGGAACCCAGUGCUCUGAACCUGUAGAAUCUAGCUUGCCCAGUAUAAUGUAUGAUUUCUAUGAAAAAGAAAAAAAGAUUCUUUAGUUGCCUGGGAGCAAAAGUUAGGCGCCAGGGGUCACCUGGUGCUGCUAGAGCACAAAUGUAUAAUUUCAAUAAAUUGGAAGGAGCCCAAGUCACUGGCUAGAAAGGAAAUGAAAUUGAGCGUACCCAGCAUUCGAGUUUACAUGUCAAAUUUCAGCCAGUAGGAACACAAGUUUUUGAUUUCACUGAAGUUAUUUUGGUCCAUCGAUGGUGAUCACGUUGAUAAAUUUUAUUUUGGUCCAUCGACAGUGAUGACAUCGAUAAAUUGCUAAUUUUCUGUCAUCCUCUUUUCUGAUUGGGACAGUUGGAACAAUUCCACUUCUUGUCCUGUGACAUUUCCAGUCUACACCUUCUGGUUUAUCGAUAGUGGUGACGUCACUAAAUCGAUAUUGGUCAGGUGUUCAUCAAAUUAUUUUAUAAUUGGCUCAUUAACUAAUCGGUAAUAAAAGCCUUGAACAGCCAUCCUCUGCUACUGCAGAAACUAGAAAUAACUUGCAGGCCAAAGACAGGAGCAAGUUGCCAAGGGUUUGGCAGGUUCUGCUAGAGUACAGCCCUUCCUGGUUUGCUGCUGUAGGUCUUUUACUCUUUUCUCUUUCUCAGACUAAUCAAGUCAUUUUUCACUUGUUAAAACACAUUCUGGCAUCCUUUCUUAGAAAACGUCCACGAAGAACUCAAGAUGAGUUGGACCCUGAUGAGAGAAGAAAGCGUUUUCUUGAGAGAAAUCGGUGAGUAAACUCAAAAAUUAGCGUAUUUUUGUAGAGUGUUACACGUACUUGCUUGACUGCUCUAUGCAUCUGCAUUAUAAGUGGCAAGAACCUUUACAGCUUUGCAAAAUAAUGGAUAUUCCUGUGAUGCCUUGUCUUUCAGAGCCGCAGCUACUAGGUGUAGGGAAAAAAGGAAAAUUUGGGUGCAGCAACUCGAGAAAAAAGCUGACGACCUUACUAACACAAACGCCCAUCUUCAGGUAGGCAUGCCUCAUACGCUGUAACAUGUAACAUGAGUACAUGUGUAAUUUAUGAUAACUUAUAAUAUCAGCUUCCCUGUGAGGCAAAAUGUUGUUUUAGUUCUCUAACCUGGAGCUCUAAGGAGCUCACACCUGUAACAUUGUCCUCCCUUUAAGGAGGCAGUGUGGCCAAGUGGUUUUGUGCUGGACUUGCAAUGGACUGCUAGCUGGAUUUGUUCACGGUAGUCCUGAGUUCAAAUCAUCCGCUGUGCUCGUAAAUAGCCAGCUGGUUUGCCUUCAGCCAGUUGGGAUUCUUAACCCUGUAAUGUUUGAUUUAGAUUAUUUGUUUCAUGUAUUUGCUUGGCCCCAAAAAUACUGCUAAAAAUACUGCAGAGGGUAAAUAAUGAAACUAUUAUUACUAUUAUUAUUAUUAUUAUUGAAUUAACUUGCACCAAAUACUUAUCCUCCCAGUGGGCCGGCCGUCCUACUCAGGAGCCUGGAAUUACUGCUGAAGCCAAUUGCACUAAUCUUGAUAUCAGAUAAAACCACUAUUGUCUGAUUUUCAGUCCAGUCAAACCCUUUGUAAUCUAAAAAAAGACACAAGUGGUUUCUGCAUUGUGAUGAUAGAUUUUGUGCAUUGCCCCAGCCUGGCUGGCAAGAUAUACAUGUAGUCAUGCACAGCUGUAUGCUACAACUUUUCAGCUUUUAAGUACAUGUAUUACAAAUAAAUAUUCUUUUUCAAUUUGAUUUACUCUUGUCAUCUCUUUUACCAGUCUCUACUGUGACUUGUGAUUCUAUGUUUUCAUUUUGUUCUGAAUCUUACAGCUUUUUGUAUUUUUCUUGCCAGAGUGAAAUAGCUCUCUUAAGAACAGAAGUUGCACAGCUGAAAUCACUUCUUUUAGCACACAAGGACUGUCCAGUCACAAUAGCACAACAGCGAAACUCACAGUUAUUGAGUAAGUACAUGUAUUUAUGUAUUAUUUGACACCCUUGUACACAAAGUAGUUUUCUUUUUCAGAUGCAAUGUAAAAUGGUUUAACCACCCCCCCCCCUCCAUUCCCCUGGAUAUUAGAGUGAGGCUUUUUUGCUUUCCUUGAAAAAGUUAGGCUUCAGAAAGCAAUCUUCCCCUCCUUUCCUAUUAAAAUUUUAAGAAAUUUUCCACAGGGACAUUUUAGAUUUCUCUGUGAGAUGAGUACAUGUACCUAUAUAUUACAGAUUGAAUUUAAUCACGGAUUAUUAUGGAUGGCUGGUUACCUUACCUUCUUAGUUACCUUAAUGCUAGUUUUAAAAAAAUUAGGCAGACUUCACAUUUGACCUGUAACAAUCCUCGGCUAUCAGAGUAAUAAUACACCAAAAAGACUAGCACCUGAUCCAAAUGUAAAUUACUACUCUUAUCCUCCGUCUUUACUCUUUGUAAUGCAUAGAUCACCAAGUCGGUGAACAAACCAAUGGAGUUAUAACAAGCAAUUCCCAUGGGGAGCCCGCCUCAGCUGAAGAUGUUGCUACCAGUGCUCUCACACAAAUGGCGCAUCGAGCCACCUUAGAACUAGAAAAUCUUGCUGCUACUACAAUGUCAAGUGUUUCAAGCUCACAGGGUGUGACAACAAACAGUAACCCCAUAGGGGUGUAG